AUGAAAGAUGGUGUACUUUACAAAGAAGUUACUAUUGGAGAAGACAGGAAGUCACAGUUAGUUCUGCCAUCAGCAAACAUCAGCGUUGUAUUAGAGGCACUUCACAGCGACAUGGGACAUCCCGGAAAGGAUAGGACUCUAUCACUGAUUCGUGACAGAUUUUACUGGCCUGGGAUGGACAAAGAUGUGGAGGAUUGGAUACAACAAUGUGGUAGAUGCAUAAAGAGAAAAACACCAGCCCGUCAGAGAGCACCUUUGGUCAGCAUUGAAACUCAGUUUCCACUUCAACUUGUCUGUUUGGAUUUUCUCACACUUGAGCAGUCAAAAGGAGGUCACCAGAACAUACUGGUUAUUACCGACCAUUUCACCAGAUAUGCUCAAGCAAUAACAACCAGAAAUCAAACAGCAAAGACCACAGCACAGGCACUCUUUGAUAACUUUAUUCUACAUUACGGAAUACCACAGAGGAUCCAUUCUGAUCAGGGAGCUAAUUUCGGAAGUAAAGUUAUCAAGGAGCUAUGCAAUCUGACUGGAAUGAAGAAGUCAAGGACUACACCCUAUCAUCCCAUGGGGAACGGGAUGUGCGAGAGAUUUAACCGUACUCUUCUUGGUAUGCUUGGAACCUUGGAAUCUCAUCAGAAAGCCAAUUUGAAGUUCUACGUUUCACCCAUGGUACAUGCGUACAACUGUACCCGUCAUGAGUCCACUGGAGUAGCACCCUACUUUCUAAUGUUUGGAAGAAACCCAAGACUACCCAUCGACUUAGCGUUUGGCCUACAUAAAGAUACCAAGUUACCAGCAACUCAGUAUGUAAAGGAUCUACGAGACAGAUUAUCACAUGCAUACCAACUUGCAGCUGAAGCAUCAAAUAUUGCACAAGCCAAUCAGAAGGAGGGUUACGAUCUACGUGUAAGAGGAGCAGCAGUACAGAAGGGAGAUCGUGUACUUGUAAAGAUUGUGGCUUUUGACGGCAAGCACAAACUUGCGGAUACAUGGGAAGAUACUCCAUAUGUAGUCACUGACCAGCCGAAUUUAGAUAUUCCUGUUUUCACAGUUGUCAAAGAGAACGGAGAAGGACGAUCAAGGAAUCUCCACAGGAAUUUAUUGCUACCUGUAGGGUAUAUCAGAGAAGAAGCAACAACUAUUAUACCACAACCAGUUCCAAGACCUAGGACAAGAUUACAGAGGACAAUAGCUGAACACCGGACUACUUCAAGUGAGUCCAGUGAUGAGUCAUCUGAUGAAUCAGUGGAUGAUUUUGAUGUAUACUAUGUGCUGGAGAGGACAGUUGACGGUGAACCUACAUUCACUGAUGAACCAGCUGUAGAUGUAACAGAACCAGCACAUGAUGCCUUCAUUCCAUUAGGGGACGCCCAGCCUGAGGGGAACCAAAGGCCAGAAUUUGAGACAGAUUCAGGAAGCGCUUCAGAUAUUGUUGAGGAUGUUAUUCAACAGGAGGACACACCUGUGAAACAGGAAGAGCAACCUCAGGAACAAGAAAUGUCACCGGUACCUGUCAGACGAUCAGGGAGAGAACGUAAACCACCAGCAUGGAUUUCUUCUGGUCUGUACGACAUCCAAGCUAUUGGGACAACCUCUGUUGGUCAUACUAGCACCAUGGAAUAUUCGAAGCCAACACCUGAGUGGCAAGAGAAGGCUGAAUAUAUAACAUCUUUAGCUAGAACACCAUUAUUCUCAGGAUUACAGCGAGAAGCAGCCUUAGCCAUUCUAGAUAUAGUGAACCACCAUUAG